UUCAAUCCAACAGAACCGCUGGAUGGCGCUAAAACACCAGCGCUGCAUCAGGAGGCUCCACACGCGCUGUGAUGAAUCCGGCUGCUCUCUCAUCACUCGGACAGCUCAGAUCCAUUUCUCCAACUGCGAGAAAACGUUGCCAAACACCCAUCUGCAACCAGUAUGUUGAAGGGGGAUUGUAAAAAUCCACUGCAUCCUUGAAUUCAGAAAGUAUGAGUGACGGUCCGGCGUGUUGUCCAGCUGCCGUGGAGCUCUGGCGGAUGGGAAGUUGUGAGUCAGAGGCGGAGGACCAGUAACUUUUAUAGACUUUCAAGUCCACCGCCUCCAAGUAUCCAGCAGCCCCACUUUAGACUCAUUUCUCUCAGGGAUUGUGCGUCUGGAGAGCUUAACAUUAGACCAGUGUUUUAGGUUAUGUGUUGUCCAGGGCGUCUUGUAGCGACAAGGAAAUGCCAUUUGCCUAAAGAAGAGGCUUCCGUUUUUUUGUGGCUGGCAAUGGAGAAUAAAUGAAAGGGACAGUUCCCGGGAUUAACUGAAAGAACAACGGCAGAAUGCAGGAGAGGGACCUACAGAGCAUGUACGGAAGGGCGCUGCUGCUGACCGUCUGUAUGGUGUCUCUCUGGGGACAGCUGACCAGUGCAUCGUCACAUAGGAGCCACAUAGUUCAUGUGAAAGCAGGAACCUGUGAGGUAAUUGCUGCACAUCGAUGCUGCAACAAGAACAAGAUCGAAGAGCGAUCCCAGACUGUCAAAUGCUCCUGCUUCCCUGGACAGGUGGCAGGAACAACAAGAGCAGCUCCAUCUUGUGUAGACGCAUCCAUAGUUGCACAGAAGUGGUGGUGCCAGAUGCAUCCCUGCAUGGAUGGAGAAGAGUGUAAAGUGCUGCCUGAUCUCAAAGGAUGGAGCUGCAGUACAGGAAACAAAGUUAAGACAACUAAGGUCACCCGAUAGUCGUCUGUUUCAAGGAUAACCUCAUUUGAAACCAGACACUGUUUCUUUGAUCAACACCGUUGGACAAUUGGAUGUCGUGUUUUGAGAAUUGGUGGUAACCAGGGACCAAUGAGGACAACAAUCACGGACAUUCAAGUGAAUGAACCAGGGACCAGGGAGCAUCGUAUAAGACUACAUAUCCAAACAAAUUCCUGACAUUUGAUCUAGCAUCAACAGUAGCUGUCUCUGAACUCUACUGCCCACCAAAUCUCUCUUUGUAUUAUAGUUUUAUUCCUUUGGACUAGAGAUCUCAACAGUGAAGAUAUAUAUUGACUAAAGGACUCUGGAUAACAGAAAAAAAAAUCACUCUUGAAACAAAACCAUGUGAUGUGAAACUUUUGUGUUAUUUUCUUGCCAGAAAGAGCCCCAGGACUCUUGAUGCAUAUCUGUGUUGAUCUCGUGAGAUCAUAAGCAUUUCCGUUCCUUUUAGCCUU